AUGUUCUCCCUGCGACAACAGGCAGUGUUUGCUGCGUUGUUGUCUUUGGCCUUGAAUGUGGCUGACUGGGGCACGGACAUAUGGGUUACUCUGCAAUACAUUUGUGCCGUGGAUGGAGCUGUUACUGUCGUUUGCCCAGAAGUCGCUGAAGCCAUGGUUUACUCUCUGAACAUCUCUAACCGUUCAGAAGACCAGAACAUGACCUGGAUGACGACCGUAAGGCCAACAGAGGAAGGAUUUCCUGCUGGAACCUGUGUACCGCAUCCUUGGUGGUUUGCGAUAUCUUUGACGAUACUAAUUCUUUCAACCUGCUGCGCUUGCCUCGGCCACCAAGAGGUCUUCGAAGAGUAUGACGGGACGACGGGCGAGCACGUCUUUACAUUAUGUUGCCCAUCAUUUGCGGACAUUUGUGAAGCAAUGUAUGAGGAAGAUGGCAAGUUGCAAGCAUUACUCAGUCGCAUUAAAAACAAAGAUCUACUCACCAAGUGGGCGGAAAGUUUGCCGCAAAUGCUGCUGCAAGGAUAUGUAGUUUUUGUUGUUGGUCAAUAUGGACAAGUGGCAAUAGCCUCCUUGGCGAUUUCCCUUGGAGAUCUUGCUCUUGCAUCUAUUCAAGGGCUUCCAAAACUUAUUCCCAGCAACACGGUUCAGAAAUGGAAAACACAGAGCAUGUGUGGCAAAAUUAUAGGGUUUCUAUGGUUGUCUACCGAUUUGGCUUCUCGUGCUUUGGCGUAUGCAAUGGUUUGGUCAGAGGUUCCGAGGGUAGUCGGCUUACCCAUCGCAAUCUCCCUCUGUUGCUGUGGAACCUGCUGUGCUGUUGGACGCAGCGAGAGAGGCAAGGAAACAUUGAGUAUGAGAACAAGCGGGGAGUGGCGGAAGCUUCUGACAUGGUUGGUGGUACAUUUUGUCCCUGCCUAUGCACUUCUUGAGGAAGAAGACUCCUGUGGCGAUUCCUGCCUCUUAAUGUUUCGCUGGAUGGAGGUUGCUGGCUACGCCGCAAUUGCUUGGUAUUUCGCAAGAGGCCCAUGUGGUGAGUCCGUGGUUUGGGAAACGGAAUUGCUUUGCAGCAUGCUGGGCGCGAAUUUGUUCUUUCUGACGGUUCUAAGAUGUUGCAGGUUUGCAACAGGAGAUGAUGUUGAACGGUAUGUAGCUUCCAACGACUCUAGAGAUGCUCCUGACGCUUAA